GCGGCUGUGGAGGGGGAGCGCUGCGCUUGGCGCCGCGGCUACUCGCAUACUCACUGUUAAAGCCUUACUCGCAUGUUUAGCUUUCGAAUUUCUCACUGUUGCACUUUACAUUAAUGAGAGGAUUGGAGGCUAACGCUACCAAAGAAACUCAAGAGAAACAAAACAGGGAUAGAGUGCAAGAAAAGGAAGAACAGUUGAUGGAAGAAAGGAAAAAGAGAAAAGACGACAAGAAGAAAAAGGAAGCCGCUCUGAAGAAGGCAAUUGAACAAAAAAGCAAAGUGCCAGCACCAUCCAAGACCAGUCAAAGCCAGCCUCAGCCUGCCAACUCUAACAGCGGCACUUCCACAAAUACCAGCAACAAUAGCAAUGCCAAGCGGGUCCCAGCCAACACUCAGCAGCAAGCCUUGUCUAGAUAUCCUCCUCGUGAAGUACCGCCACGCUUUCGACACCAGGAGCAAAAGCAACUGCUGAAGAGGGGCCAGCAGCUACCAUCAACAGCUGGGACUGCAACAUCGGUAGUCACCAGCCAGUCUGGAAGCAGCGCUGUUACUGUGCAGACAGUGACCAACGGGCAGCUGCAAUAUAGCAGCAAAACAUUGACAGGCAUGCCUCCCAUUCGGGAUUUGGUCAGCCACUCCCCUAACCAGUCAGAUUUAAACCACAGUGGUUUGGGAUCGCAUUAUGAAAAUUCUCACUGGGGACCUGUCUCUACCAACAGUGAUUCUACUACAAAUUGGGAUAAAAUUAUUGUAGACGGGUCCGACAAAGAAGCCUGGCCUUCAAUCACUGGCAGUGACCCAGAGUUAGCUUCAGAAUGCAUGGACAUUGACUCUACUUCAAGCUCUGGGUCAGAGAAGAACCUCAGUACCAUGGCUUCUGGGAGCACAGUUAGUGAUGGCGAUGGCAACAGAACCGGCAGUGGAAAUGGUUCUUCAAGUCAGUUUGUGGUUGGAAAUGUCAGCAAUAAUGUAGGAAAUGGUAGUAUUAAUGGGCCUUGGGGAGGAUCUCGAGGGUCCAUAUCAAGCACAUGUCAGGGUUCUGCAGAAAACGCGGAUGGCAAACCAGAAAGCAGCCAUGGUAAACUGAAUGCUUGGAGUAGUAUUGGUUCCACGUCUAGUGGUUCAUUGAAUCAGAAUGGUUUGAAUCCAAAUACCAACCUAGGUGCCUGGCCUUUGUUGGAAAAUGAUGGAAAUACUGUGCAAGGACCUGUGCCAGGUAGCAGUUCUGGCAGCAAUGUUCAACGUAGCACUGUAGGUCAAAUGCUGAAUAAUCAGAGUGUUAACAUGGGGCUAUCAGCUCAUGGUUCGUGGGGAGGGCUGCAGGAGAAUUCUGAUGCAGAAGUGAAUGGUACAAGGAAGGUUUCAUUCAGUGGACAACCUCAAAACCUUAACACUGAAAUGAAUGGACCAAAUAACACUACUAACCCUUUGACCUCUAGCUUACCAAACUCUACUAGUUCAAUGCAGACAAAUGAACUGCCUAAACAUACAGGGCCUGGGGCAUGGGGUGUACCCUUAGGAAUGAGCACAGUAAAUCCAUCUCAGCUUCAGGCCUCUUCAGUAACAAAUGGCACUUCAGUUUCUCAACUUGGCAAUGGGGGAAUCAGUGAGGGAAUGAACAGUGGGUCUUAUGGUACGACUUGGGGUACACCUGGCACUAACUACUCUGGAGAAAAAUGUCCAGGCCCUAGCUGUAAUUUGGGGCAAGCUAGUGGUGACACUGUGAAUGCAACUCUAGCACAAUCUGCUAUUAAUGGUUCUGGAAAUACUUCUUACAAAAAUAAUGGUGGAAGCAAUAGAGGAGGAGUCACAUGGGAGACUGGUGUGGUCAACUCCCAUAAUGCAAACUGGGGAGCAGGGAACAGUUUAGGCUCUGGAGGGACUCGAAAAGUCUGGGGAAACCCAGCACCAAAUGCAAACACUGGCACUAAGAUCUCAAAUGGAGAAUGGAACAAACUGCCUAACAAUCAGCAUUCCAGUAAUGGUCUAAAUGGAAGCGGUAAUAGGAAGGGAACAAAUGGAUGGAAAAGUCUAGAUGAUGCUCUUUGUGGUCAGAAUCAAAAUUCUGCAUCUCAGCCAAGUGAACAGAACAAUUUAUGGGUCAAAACUUCAACAUCAGGUACUGCAGACAGUGAGGGAAGCACAGAAAGUACAGGAAGUCGUCAUGAUAGAAUGAGUGUAGGAACCAAUGAUGGCAAUAACCGACGUGGUGAAAAGAGAAAACCUGAUCAACCAGGAAUGGUUCAAAGUAUUCUGAGUAGAACAGACUUGGACCCCCGUGUCCUUUCCAAUACAGGUUGGGGGCAGACUCCAAUUAAACAGAACACUGCCUGGGACAUUGAACCUUCAGCAAAGAGUGAGAGAAAAACUGACAAUGGGACAGAGGCCUGGGGAUGUUGUGUUUCCCAGACUUCAAACUCAGGGGGAUGGGGGGAUGGGCCUGGCCCAAACAGUAAUGAUACCUCAUCAGUAUCCGGGUGGGGGGAUCCAAAGCCUGCUACAGUCUCUUGCAACCCUGGCUGGGGAGACACCAAAGGCUCAAGCAGCCAAGGGGGUUGGGAGGAUAAUACUGCUGCUACAGGAACAGUAAAGAGCAAUCAAACAUGGGGAGGUAACAAAGAAGAAAAGUUAGCUGCGUGGAAUGAUGCACAAAAGGUCAAACAGGGAUGGUCUGAUGGACAGAAAUCAAACCAGAGUUGGGGACUGUCCGCAGCUGAUGGGUGGGGAGAGAAUUCAAGGAGUGGCCAGUGGGGGGAAUUACAAAAGACUGGCACAGGCAGUUGGGAUAAUGACAGUGAAAGGUCUGCGCCUGGUUGGAAUGAACCUGGGAGACCAGGCACAGGCCGAGGCACAUGGACAAGUGGCAACAAUUCAGAUUCCAGUAAUACUACAGGUUGGGGGGAGCCUGCCAAGGCUGCUCAGUCCCAAGGCUGGGGGGAGCCAGCCAAUGCUGCUCAGUCCCCUCAGGGCUGGGGGGAGCCUACCAAGGCUGCUCAGUCCCCCCAGGGAUGGGGGGAGACAUCCAAGCCUGCACAAUCCCCCCAGGGCUGGUGCGAGCCUGCCAAGCCCGUACAGUCACCCCAGGGCUGGGGGGAGCCCUCCAAGCCUGCUCAGUCCCCCCAAGACUGGAGGGAACCCACCAAGUCAAGUAACUCUGCAGAUUGGCACAAGCCACAAGAUGGUAACAGUCCUUGGGCCAAUAAACCUUCUGGCCAGGGGUGGCUUAAUGGCCCGAUGCCAGCACCAUCAAAAGAGGAGGAGCCUACGGGUUGGGAGGAACCUUCUCCAGAGUCUAUUCGCCGCAAAAUGGAAAUCGAUGAUGGUACAGCUGCUUGGGGAGACCCAAGCAAGUACAACUACAAGAGUGUGAACAUGUGGAACAAAAACACGCAGAGCAGCAGCAAUGGCUCAGAACAGCCGGCACAAAUCCUGUCCUCACCAACAACACCACAGCCCCCGCCGCAGCACCAACAGCAGCUGCCACAGCAAAUGCCACCACCAAGUGCCAUUCAAAACAAGGAGAAUAACAGCUCCGGCUGGGGAGAAUCUUGCACCAUUCAGACAAAGCCAGACUCCUCUUGGGGAGAACCGCCUGCUCUAACCGUGACAGUGGACAAUGGAACAGCGGCCUGGGGGCAACCUAUGGACACAGGAACCAGCUGGAGAGAGCCGGUUAAUGACAGUGCUGGUACCUCUGGCUGGGGUAACACCCCAGCUGCCCCACCACCUCCAAACAGACCUGGUCCCAAACCUAUGCAAGAUGGCUGGGGUGAUGAGGAAACAUUGGUGCCAGGACCUCGUCACGCUAGCUGGGAGGAGGAGGAAGGGGACUCAGUGAUGUGGAACAGCAACACCUCACAGGAAAGCAACUCCUCUUCAAACUGGGCAUCCAAAAAGAUGGCUCCAAAGGGCAUGGUGAAAGGGGGAAACAAACAGGAUGAUAUAUGGAUGAAUCAAUUAAUGAAGCAAUUCUCUAACAUUGGAUUUCCUAGGGAAUCUGCUGAAGAUACAAAGAGCAAUAAGAUGGACAUACCCGUUGGUAUGUUAAGAGAUAAGAGAAUGGAGAUGGAUAAGCAUGGCAUGAAUAUUGGAGAAUAUAGUGGCAUUAUAGGGAAAGGACAUACUUCUCGUCCUCAGAUUUCCAAAGAGUCUUCCAUGGAACGCAAUCCUUAUUACGAUAAGUUGUCUCUGUCUUUGUCCAAUCAAGAUGGCAUUAUAGCAGAAGAGCCCCAAAACCUAACGUACAUCUCUGCACCAACCAUGAAGCUUCCCCCUUCAAAUUGUGCACUACCUAAUCAGGCUCUUGGCUCAGUGGGUCUGGGCAUGCAAAACUUGAAUUCUGUUAGACAGAAUGGCAAUCCUAACAUAUUUGGCGGCAGCAAUGCAGCAGCACAAGCCAGGGGCAUGCAACAGCCUCCAGCACAACCUCUUAACUCAUCUCAGCCUAAUCUUCGCGCUCAAGUGCCUCCUCCAUUAUUAUCCCCUCAGGUUCCAGCAUCAUUACUGAAGUAUGCAACAGCCAAUGGGAGCCUAAACACUGCACUAUUGAACUUUGGCCCCCAGCAGGUGGCCAUGCUGAACCAGCUCUCCCAGUUGAACCAGCUGUCUCAACUUUCACAGAUCUCCCAACUACAGCGACUGCUACAGCAACAGAAGGCACAGAACCAGAGGAACAUGUCUGGACCCAUGCGUCAGUCUCAAGAACAGGCUGCUCGUGUACUGAACAUGCAACAGAUGCUGCAACACCCCCGUCAACUGGAUACAAGCCUUCUGAAGCAGCAGUCUUCGUCACAGCAGCAGCCAAUGCAUCAGCCCUCCAUGAAGCCCUUCCCGGAGAAUCUCAUGCCCCCUACCCCUCAUGAGCUGCAGACAAAAGAGCCGCCUUCGCUCAACUCAUACAGCAGCUACCCUUUAGGUGGGUUUCCCCAACCCAGUCAUGGGCAGUCUGAUUCCAUGGUGCCUGAAGCUGCUAAACUUGCCCAUGUGCCCUUAAACUGUCCUAUGCCCAAAAUGUUUCUUCCUGAUAACAACCCUAACCACAGCCUCCUCAGUCCCCCACUUGGUAAUGCAAAUAGCCACAUGUCAGCCUCACCCAUCCACCAGCAUGCAGGGAGGAAGCUUGCCACUCAAGAAAGAUCUAUGUCAAGAGGCUUGAAUCCAAACUUGAAUGUACCCCUGGAUUUCGGCAGUAUCGUUAACCUGAAAGAGCCACAAUCCCAACAGUCUCGAUUAAAACAAUGGACUGCCUCGGAAAGCCUUCCUGUUAAUUCCUCUCUAGAUCAAAACUCCAGCAAACAUGGUGCUACUUCAAGUGGUCUUAGUAUUUGUUCUGGAAAGUUGCUUGAAGAAUCUCCUUUUGGUCACUUUGACAUUUCCAUGAAGUCUCUGGCCAGUCCUCCUGGAUCUGUUGGAGAUGGCUGGCCAAGUGCCAAAUCACCCAGUGAUAAGCUCUCUAGCAAUGUUAAUUGGCCACCAGAAUUUCGUCCUGGUGAGCCUUGGAAAGGUUAUCAAAACAUUGACCCUGAAACUGACCCUUACGUCACUCCUGGCAGUGUAAUGACCAAUCUGUCAAUCUCUACUGCCCGGGAUCUUGACCUCCUCAGGGACAGGAACAAUAUAGGGUCAUCCUCAUCUAUGAACACCACGCUGCCUUCAACUAGUGCCUGGUCCCUUGUUGGUGCCUCCAGCUACAAUAGUUCCCUCAGCAGUACAGCACAAAGCACUCCAGCCAGAAUUGGUGACCCCAAAUCCACCUGGUCUCCUGGUCCAGUUACUAACGCUUCCCUUGCUCAUGAACUGUGGAAAGUCCCCCUGCCACCCAAAAACACUACCGCUCCGUCCCGCCCACCACCAGGGCUGACCAAUCAGAAGCCUUCGUCCUCAUGGGGAAACAACUCACUGCGCAUGGGUGGAGGAUGGGGGAGUUCCGACUCCAGAUACAACCCUGGUCCUAGCUGGGGCGACAUCAGCUCAGGGAGAAUAACGAAUUGGCUUGUUCUCAAGAACCUCACGCCUCAGAUUGACGGCUCCACCUUGCGUACACUGUGCAUGCAGCACGGCCCACUAAUAACAUUCCACCUUAACCUGCCCCAUGGAAACGCUUUGGUCUGUUACAGCUCGAAAGAAGAGGCAGCCAAGGCACAGAAAUCUCUGCACAUGUGUGUUUUAGGGAACACUACCAUUCUUGCUGAGUUUGCCAGUGAAGACGAGAUUAAUCGCUUCUUUGCACAAGGCCAGUCGUUGACACCCUCUCUGGGCUGGCAGUCUCUGGGAUCCAGCCAGAACCGUAUUGCAUCUAUUGACAGUUCCCACCCGUUCUCAAACCGCAAUGAUCUCAAUCACUGGAAUGGAGCUGGGCUGUCGGGAACUGGUAGUGGAGACCUCCAUGGCACUUCACUCUGGGGUUCUCCCAAUUAUUCCACUAGCCUGUGGGGAACCCCGAGCAGCAAUGAUAUGCGGGGAAUCGGCAGCCCAUCCCCCAUCAAUGCUUUCCUCCCCGUUGAUCAUCUUGGAGGUGGAGAGUCCAUUUAAACUUUACUCAUGACUCAAACUGUGACCUCAACAUGAAAAGCAGCACUAAUCGGACUUUUCACCUACAACACGAGAGAAAGAGAGAGACGGAGAAAAGGGGUCACCUGUGGAAAUGUUCCGUUCUGCACCUUUAUUUCCACUUUCUUUUAGCCCAGAACAUAUCAGUUUUAAUACUUGAAUCAUGCAGGCCAAUAGUUUAAAAAAUGUGAAAAGUAUAUAUUUAUACUUCCAGAUAGUGCUAUCCAUUAAAAAAAACUGCUUCAAUUGAGCUAGUUGUGUGCACUCAUCAUGUCUAUUCCUCAAAUUCCAAAACUAUUUUGAGUUUGGUGAUGUUGGGAGUGAGCUGUUAAAUCUGCACUGAGUACUGUCUCCCUGUCCAAU